CCGCGCCAGAGCUGCUCUCGAGGGAGGGCUGCGCGCACACAGCAGAGCGGGGCUCAGUGCGAGGAGCAGCCAUCAGCCAUGGCAGGCGGCAGCGUGCGGCUGCUACUGCUCGCCCUUCUGGCGGCCGCGGCGUUCCCCGGCGCCCGCGCCGCUAAGAAGGCAUCCGCGCCCAGCAAGGACGCUGAAGCGGCCGCCGUCAUCGAGGAGGUCACGGCCAAGCAGCUUGAGCGCAUCCUCAACGAGAAGGACUUUGUGGCAGUGUUCUGGUACGCACGGAGCUGCCUGACGUGUGAUAAGGUGCUGGAGGAGCUCGAAAAGAUCGAUGACGACACGGACACCUUCGGCGUGGACUUCGUCAAAAUAAACGACAAGCGACUCGCCAAGCAGUAUGGCAUUAAGAACUUCCCCGCACUCACUUAUUUCAGGGAGAAGGAGCCCAUCAUCUACGAAGGGGACCUGAUGGACGAGGAGAAUGUUCUGGACUUCCUUACGAGCCUGGAAGCCAUGGACCUUCCCGAUCGCAUCGAGGAAGUAAACGCUCGCAUACUCGAAAAAAUCGUUCAGGACACCGAAUAUGUGGCCGUAUUAUUCUGUCCUGACGCGAAGACUUGUCCUACCACGGGGUCCAACAGGCCCGAGUGCAGAAAGUGCGCCAAGGCGCUCUUGGAGCUGGAGAACAUCGACGACGAAGCCGACCAGCUGGGCAUCGGGUUCGUCAAGAUAGCCGACGAGAGCCUCGCUGAAGAAUACAACCUCGGGAGCCUCCCUGCAUUGGUCUACUACCGCAACCAGAUCCCAAUCAUCUAUGAGGGUGACCUAACAAAAGAAGAAGAUGUGCUGGAAUGGCUUGUGCAAAAUAAAUCUACAGGGGAUGAAGAAGAUGUCAUUGAGGAUGUCACCUCCAAAACACUGGAGACACUUAUUUCUUCCAUAGAUAACCUGGUCGUCCUCUUCUAUGACAAUGAUGAUGAGGAAUCGAUGCAGGUUCUAACAGAUCUGGAAACCAUUGAUGAUGACUGUGAUCGACAUGGUAUACAGUUUGUGAAAAUUGAUGAUGAUACAGCUGCUAAAGAAUUUGGCAUAGAUGACGUUCCUGCAAUUGUUUACUUUGAGAAGGGAAUUCCAAAUGUUUAUGAUGGGAAUCUUGAAAAUGAGGAUGAAAUCUUAGAAUGGCUGGUAGAUCAGUUAGAAAAAGAUGAGAUAGAGGACGUCACUGAUGAGAUGCUUGACAGGCUCAUAAAGGAUGGAAAAACAGUAGCAGUUCUUUUCUAUGACAACAAUGAUAGAAAAUCACAGCGUGCCUUGAAUGAAUUAGAAAAUAUAGAUGAUGAAUGUGACCAGCUAGGGAUCGUGUUUGUUAAGAUUGAUGAUCCAGAAGAAGCAAAAGAGUAUGGGGUUGAGAAGAUACCAGCGCUCAUCUAUUUUGAGGGUGGAAUUCCAACUUAUUAUGAAGGAAAUCUGGAGGAAGAGGAGAAAGUUUUAUCCUGGCUUGAGCACCAGAUCAAAACAGAUGAGAUUGAAGAUGUAACAGAUGAGAUGCUAGACAUGAUAAUUGGCAAGAUGACCCAUGUUGCUGUCCUGUUUUAUGAUAAGGAUCAAAAGAAAAGCCAGAAAGUGUUGCAAGAGUUGGAGAAUAUUGAUGAUGAAUGUGAUCAAAACAAUAUUGCAUUUGUGAAAAUUGAUAAUGAUGAAGAAGCAAAGGAAUACGGCAUAGAUACGCUUCCCACAAUUGUCUUUUUUGAAAAGGGAAUUCCACAUGUUUAUGAAGGUGAUCUCACACGUGAAGAGGAACUUCUUGGAUGGUUGUUGCACCAAAAAAGGCAUCAUGAAAUUCCUGAAAUCACAGAUGAAAUGUUGGAAAUUCUUAUUGAGAAAAGGCCAUAUCUUGCAGUUCUGUUUUAUGACAAAGAUGACAAGCAGGAUAUCAGAAUCCUCAAUGAACUGGAGAAUAUUGAUGAUGAUCUUGACAGAGAAGGAAUUGUGAUUGUGCGUAUUGACAAUGAUGCUGAAGCAAAGGAAUAUGGCAUUGAUCACUUGCCAACUCUUGUGUACUUUGAAGACAAAAUACCUGCGCUGUAUGAAGGAGAUCUCUUGAAUGAAGAAGAGGUUUUGGCCUGGCUAAUUGAGCAAAAGAAUACAGCCACAAUUGAGGAAGUUACUGAUGAAAUAUUGACUGAUCUCAUUGAAGAGCACGAAUAUGUCGUAGUUUACUUUAGUGGUAAAUGUGAAGAAGGAGAAGAAUGUGAUAACAUACUGGACGAGUUGGAAAAUAUUGAUGAUGAACUGGAUGAAGCUGGUAUUAUAUUUGUCACAACUGAGGAUCUUAGCAUUGCAAAGAAAAAUGGAAUUAAGACAUUCCCUAGCCUAGUCUUUUUCCGUAAUAAGGACCCUAUGAUUUACAAAGGUGAUCUGGAUGAUGAAGAUGAAGUUCUUGCAUGGCUUACUGAUGAGGACACACUUGAAAUACCUGGGCGCAUUGAAGAAGUUAAUACCCGUAUGCUUGAGAAAAUCCUCCAAGAUAAUCAGAAUGUUGUAGUAUUUUUCUAUCAGGAAGGAGACAAGAAAAGUCAAAAAAUCAUAAGUGAAUUGGAAAACAUUGAUGAUGAAUGUGAAGAAAAGGAUAUUUCAUUCGUAAAAACGUCUGAUGAAGGCAUACAGAAAGAAUACGAUCUUCCAACUCUUCCAUGUCUUGCUUUUUACCGCAACAGAUUCAGACAGAUUUAUACAGGUGAUCUAAUGCAUGAGGAAGCCAUAUUGGAUUGGGUGCUGGAACUUCAUGAGUCAACACCGGAUGUUAUAGAAAGUGUUGACAGGAAGACCUUACAGAUGUUAAUAAAUGAUGUUGAACAUCUUGCUGUUUUCUUCUAUGAUGACAACUGUGAAAAAUGUGAUGAAAUUCUUGAAGAACUUGAAACAAUAGAUGAUGAUACUGACAAACAUGGCAUCCAGUUUGUGAAAUCUAAAGAUUCAAAGUUGGCAUCUGAGAUUGGAAUUUUCAGCUUUCCUGCCCUUGUGUAUUAUGAAACUGGUGUCCCUAUUAUGUACAACGGUAAUCUUAAGAAUGAAGAUAAGGUUCUGCAUUGGCUAGUUGAACAGAAAAGCAAUGAUGGUGGUGAUGAUGAUGAUGAGGAUGAUGAUGAGGAUGAUGAUGAUGAUGAUGAUGAUGAUGAUGAUGAUGAUGAUGAUGACAGUGAUGUAAAUGAUAGGAGAAUUGUUGUUAAAGGCGAUGGCUGUUUCUACAUUGGACUUGGAGGGAAAAGCGUGGUCCCCAACCCUUCCUAUGAGCCCUAUCAGUGCUGCCCAACUAAGGUCAAGCAAGGCUCGAGGAUAGCCAAGGCAACUCCGACGCCAGUGAACAAAAAGUUUACUCCCAACAAGUUGACAAACCCAACAAGCAAGCCCACAAAUCAACCUACCAGCAAAGAUCGAAGUGGUGCCAAUGUAAAGGACAAGCCUUUUGCUGCCAGUGCAAAGCCAUCAAGCAAAAGUAUUCCUCUGUCAGAUAAGUCUGAAAAAGUAAAAAAAGGGAAAAAAUCUUUUACAUUUUCAGGUGACAUAGAUGAUGAUGAAGAAGUACUGGACUGGCUAACUAAUCCUGAAAAUAUGGAACUGACUGAUCACAUUGAAAGGGUUAACAGAAAGAUGUUUCAGAAAAUAAGGCAAACGUCUGACUAUGUGGCAGUAUUCUUUUACAGUAAUGACUGCAAGCAGUGUGACCGAGUUCUGGUAGAAAUUGAACAUAUUGAUGAUGAGGCAGAUGGAGCAGGUAUAAAUUUUGUGAAGAUAGAUGACAAGCAGAUGGCAAAAGAAUAUGGUGUGUUUGCACUGCCUGGUGUAGUGUUCUUUAAGAUGACAUCAAAGGAACCUGUAAUAUAUGCAGGUGAUCUUUAUAAUGAAGAGCAGCUCUUAAAUUGGCUACUCACACAAAAAGACCCUUCAGGAGAAGUAAUUGAAGCAGUUGAAGGGGAAGAACUUCAGAAACUUAUAAAAGAAUCUGACUCACUUGCUGUCUACUUCUGGAACCAGACACUGUGUGAACUUUGCAAUACGAAGCUAUAUCGCAAACUGCGACAAAAGAAAGAAACCAAUCAUCAUGCUGAACAUCAAGGGGGUAUCGAAGGGGCAGAAGGAAGUCAUACUGGGCCUGAGACAACCUCUGAUGACAGUGUUGAUGAGUGUGACCAAUGUAAAAUAAUCCUUGAAGAGCUAGAGAAUAUUGAUGAUGACUGUGAUCGGCAUGGUAUUACAUUCAUUAAAACUCAGGACGCUACUGUAGCAGAAGAGUAUGGCGUAUCAGAUUUUCCUUCCUUGGUCUAUUUUGAGCGCGCAAUACCAAAUGUUUUUGAAGGUGAUUUAGCAGAGGAAGAAGAAGUUCUUCAGUGGCUUAUUACGCAGAAGACUGAAGACCGUAUUGAACUUAUAACAAGAGUGAUGCUGGAAGAAAUGGUUGAAAAAACUCAGUAUUUAGCAGUUUAUUUUUAUAAGGCAAACUGUCACAUCUGUGAUGAGAUAAUAGAGGGCCUGGAACACAUAGAUGAUGAAUGUGAUGUCUUUGGCAUACAUAUGGUCAAAAUUCUAGAUCCACAACUAGCCAAGAGAUAUUCAAUAAAAACGUUUCCAGCACUGGUGUAUUUCAGAAAUGGAAACCCUUUACUUUUUGAAGGUGAUCUGCAGAAUGAAGAGUCAGUCCUUGAGUGGCUGAUAGAUGAUGACAACCGAGAACUAGCUGAUGAAAUUGAAGCUGUUAAUGUUCGCAUGCUAGAACGAUUACUGGAAGAAUCUCAUCUUCUGGCUGUAUUCUUCUAUGAUGAGGACUGCCCAGAAUGUGAUGAAAUUCUUGAAGCUCUGGAGCAGAUUGAUGGUGAAGCAGAUCAGUUUGGAAUUGACAUGGUAAAAAUAAAUGAUCCAAAAGCACUCAGACAGUAUAACAUUGUCAACUCUCCAUCACUUGUCUAUUUUAGAAAAAAAAUUCCUCUUCUGUAUGAUGGGGACCUGCAUGAUGAGGAAAAAGUUCUUGCGUGGCUUACAUCACAAGACAUUUUUGAAAUAAAAAAUGAAAUUGAAGAAGUAAACCGAAAGAUGUUAGAUAAACUGCUGGAUGAAAAUGAGUUUCUAGCUGUAUACUUCUAUGAGAAAGAUUCACCAGAGUCAAUGACUGUUCUGGAAGAACUGGAGAACAUUGAUAGUGAAACUGAUAAUUUAGAUAUAACUUUUGUGAAGAUGGCAGAUCCACGAUAUGCUCGGAAGUGGGGUGUUACCAAAUUGCCAGCAAUUGUGUACUUCCGUAAACGGUUUCCCAGCAUUUACAGAGGUGAUCUUUCAACUGGUGAUGAGGUCCUUGAAUGGCUUCGAAAGAAUCGUUUCCGCCAACCAGAAUUGAACCUUUUCAUGUAUGCUGUUAUUGCUAUUACUGUCACUUUUUUUAUCUACACUGCCUGGCUAGUAUCAUGCUUCAAGCCCCAUGUGAAGCAGGCGUGAAAGCACAUGAUACUAGAAUUUUUUUCUAAGACCAAGAUGCUGUAAAUCAGCACAGUUCAUGUGGUGACCAUCCACAGUACAGAAACUGAUGCAGUGACUGUGCUGUAAUUAUAAUUUGUAGUUUUACUUAUUAUUAAAUCCCAGUGCAUCACUGUGAUGUCUUUUUAUAAUCUUGUUUGAAGCUGAAGAACAGCCACUGAAAAUGCAGAGAAAGAAGUCAGUGACAUUAUAUUUGUAUUUUAUGUUGUAUUCUGUAGUAAUAUCAUAUCAUCAUGAUAAGUAAGUCUUCAGACACAUAUAUGGAAUCAGUUAUGAAUGAAAUACAGGUAUCGAUCCAUUGUGUUUCAGUUAAUGAUAAAUGAAUAAUUGAUUCUUUCACAAAGUUUCACUUCAUUGCACAACUUCCAAGCAAGUUGGUUUUAUACAUUUUUGUCCUGUAGUCACGGACAAAUAAUUAUUUACCAAAGCAAUUAUUAUUAUUUAUUUUACACUGUCAAUUCAUAUCAUCUUUGAGUGUAUAUAAUGUAAAUAUUUAAGUACAGUUAGAACUGUGUAGUGAAAUGUUUAUUUGACUAUUCACUUUGUAUUUAUUUUGUUGCCUCUGCAGAAAUAUUAAUGAUAAAAACUAAAUUUUAUUCAGUUUCAUCAGACUAAAUGGCAAUGCAGUCUGUAGGGCAAAUAUAAGUUAAGAGGUAAAUGAUAAUAUUAGUGAUGAAUUCUUCUCGGGUUAUCAGUCGAGUGGUGGCAUCGUCUUGUCGGAACAUUUCGAUGAGUUUCGUACCAAUCAUUAGUGUUUACAAUGCUCACACUUGUAUUUAAUGGGUGACUGUAACUGUACAACAGCUACAAAGUUUUUUUCAAUUGUUAGAAACUGUGUGCACAUAAUUGGUUCACUUCUAACACCAAGAAAAAAUAUUUCAAAAAGAAAUGCACUUAUUUUUGUCACUGAAUAAUCAUGUGUGCUGAUGAAUGUCCAGAACACUCUUAAAAUAAUAGAAAUAGGUUUCCCCUAUGCAAACAGGAAUGUAGGAACUACUGUGUUGACUCUUCUGAAAUUUUUUUCAAGUGUAAAAAUUGUUUCUGUUGCUAAACCAUUUGUUCUGAAGGAUCCUAAGUUAGCUGUGUGGCUCUAAGAGAAAAUUUAAUUCAGUUAUUAUAUCAAGAUACAUUUUAACGAAUGCAUUUAGGGUCUAUUAGUGUGAAGAAAAGGGACCAAUAAUAAAAUAAAGAUUGAAAUGCAUUUUUAAGUAGAAAAUGAAUAAAACAUUCUGUUGGACUGCAGUGUCAAGGAAUCUUUUUAAUUAAUAUGUAACAUACAAGAUUUUUAUUGCAAAACAUGUCAGAGUAAUGUUCUUGUGAUUUUGAAUGAGCCGAAUGGUGAUGUGAGCAGGGACACAGAAUAGUGAAACCAUUUUGUCUCUGGGGAUAUAGACAUUCAUAAAACCAGAAACUGAUGUAAGAUGCUAAAUUUUAGCAACACUGCUCAUAUUAUCAAGUUAUUUUAAUGGAUUUUGUGAACAUCCCCAACAUCAUCUCAGACUGUGCUGUCUGCAAAGAGCUGUAGAAUGGGCAAUAUCGAUGCACUUCAUCCCAUUCUCACACAAGGUAAUUAUUAUAGAAAAUUUGGCAUUAAUUUUCAGUUCCUCAGAAGGAUAAUUAAUCAAACACAUGCAGCAUCUUUUCCUGUCAAAUUUCUGCAUCUAGUCACUGUUUUACUCAGUGCCUUAACAGAUGUACUUUAGAAAGUUGAUGAUCCAAGUACAUCCAGUAUGAAAAGCAGCAUGUCAUGGGAUGGUGCACAAUUCAACUGUUCUAUAGUGAUACCAAUUAUGGACAACAGCAGCUGUCCAGGGGCAUGACUUUGAAUUAGUAUUUUAUGUUCUGUUAUAAAGGAAGUGGCUAGAGAUGAAACCAUUUAAAGCAGGUAUGUGUGACAUACAUUACAAAAUGUGCAGGUGUUCAUUCACCAAUAUGUAGCAACUUUUUUAAUUUUUUGUGCAGAUGUUUCUAUUAGACUCCUGUAAAUUUCACCAGUAACAGUGAUUAGCACUGGCAGAGGAGAGUUAUUUAAGAGAAGCACACUAACUUUUGAUAAUGACUCCAGUCAAAAUUUUGAUGUGUCCUGUAAGGUAUGUUGGAAUGAAGACCUGGGAAAUUGUCAUACAGAUACCAUCAUUUUAAGGACGUGUACAACAUGCUAUUUUUCUGAAGAAAUAGAGUGACUUAUUACAGCAUCAAAUCAAGAGCUUAAUGGUCCCCAUUUGUCCUUGAAGGCUGUAUAUGUUAGUUAAUCAUUUGUUGUAAAGAUGGUAAUCUCAACUAUAGUAACUCUAUUGAAAAUCAAAUAGUGCCACCAUUAGCUAUUUUCAAGGCCUUUAUUAUUGCUAUCAGUUUCAGUUGUUACUAAUCAUCAUCAAAGCACAAAAGAUUUUUCAACUAGAGCAUCUUUUUGGAUAUAUACAUGACUUUCCAUCCCUACGUACACAAUAAAGGUUUCCAGAGCACUAACUACUCAAAAUAUAGAAAGUAUUUCUGAAAUAAUAUAGACUGGUGAACCACCUUCCAUUUUGUUCUGUUUCUCACAGAGAAGUGUGCCUUUUAAAAGGACAGUUGUAUUUUAAUAUCACACCUUGCAUGAGUUCACCAUUGCCCUCUUUCUCUCCCUUACAAUCUCCACACUCUCACACCACUUCUUGCUCUCUCAUUUACAUUCACCUACACUUGUUACUGAUAACAGUUUUGUUUUGUUAUUUAAUGAAAAUAAACUACAAAUGAGAAUAUCUAGAAGUAGAUUUAUUUUCUCUCUUUCUAAUAAAGCACUAUUAUUCCAAAUGAGGGUGAUCAAAACCAGCUCAUUUUAGAUGGUCAUGUUAUGAAGAGUGUUGUUGGCAAGCAUUUUAUAUUGACAGUUUUUAUUAGCACACUGGAUGUCUAUAAAACUCAAUGUUAAGACAAAACAAAUUCCCAAUGUAAAUCUAACAGUAGCCCAUUUUAUUGUAUAAAAUUUAAUUAAUGAAUGUGACAUAUUUAUAACUUAUAGUCACAUCUUGAGUAAAAUGUGUGAGUACAUAAACAUGAUAUUUAAGAGUUAUUUAAAACUGAUAUAACAUUGAGGGUCACUUUUUGCAAUUGAGAUAUUAUAUGCAAGUGACAACAAUUUGGCUUGUAAUUUGCAUAACAAUUCAUUUCAUGAAUGAGUAUGGGAAAAGUAUUAUGCAGUAACUACUUUAAAGCUUUACAUUUGAGUCAAAAUAACAUAACUCUGGUUGUACAAUAGUGUGUUCUGUUGAAGAGGCAACAUUAAUUGUAACAACAUGACUUGUGCAUUUAGAGCAUGGCAGAGUAAUUUUCUAUAAAAGUCAUUCUCUGUAUUUAUUCACAAAUGUUGGACGACCACUCAUGCAGACUUGUAUAGCUGCAUGUGAUUGGCUUCUUUUUUUCUUAUUCUUUAAGUGAGAUAAUGAAUGAUAUGAAUAACUUGUUGUGGGUGUUUCCAGGUGUUGAAUGUUACUGACAUGUAAUGAUUAUGUCUGUGACUUCAGCUGUGGCUGUAACUUCACUGUGCAUUCCACUUGUAGAAAAUAUUGUCAGAAAUUCAUCUGAAAUGAGAAAUAAAUUGAAUAAAAAAUAGGUAA